CCAAGUGCAGGUCAACCGUCUUCUCCAAUUCCAAAACCCUCUAUUACCUUUGCCUGCACCGCAACGCACCGUCCUUAUUUCCUUUCUCUCUCAGAAAGCACAGUAACAAAAAUGGUCAAGAAACGAAAGCCCACUUCCAAACCCCAACAAUCAUCCUCUUCUAAACAACCCAAAAUUGAAAAGCCCCCGCAGCCUCCACCACCUUCCUCAGAAGCCGAAGAAGUAGCAGCAGUGGUAGAGGAAGAGGAGGAGGAGGAGGAGGAGGAGGAAGAAGAAGAAGACAGUUCCUCAUCAGAAACAGAGUCAGGGGAUUCAGGAUCCGAAGAGGAGGAGGAAUCUGAAUCUGAAUCUGAAUCCGAAGAAGAAGAAAGCGAAGAUUCUAAACGAGAAACCAUAAGCAAAAUCUUACAACCCUUCACUAAAGAACUACUUAUCAAAAUCCUCAAAGAAGCAGCCUCCACUGACCCAUGUAUCGCCACAGAACUCUUCAACUCCGUCGAUUCUGACCCAGUCCACCGCAAAAUCUUCGUUCACGGACUCGGUUGGGAUGCCCACAACGAAACCCUUAUCUCAGUUUUCAAAAAAUACGGUGAAAUUGAGGAAUGCAAGAUUGUAACUGAUAAGGCUACAGGUCGCUCAAAAGGGUAUGGUUUUCUUCUCUUUAAAACGCGAAUUGCUGCGCGGAAAGCGCUUAAAGAGCCACAAAAAAAGGUGGGGAAUCGAACGGUUUCGUGUCAAUUGGCGUCUUUAGGAAAGGGGCAGAAUCAGAAACAGGACAAUAACUCUGAUGUCAGUUUGAGGAAAUUGUACAUAGGGAAUGUGGGUCCGCAGAUUAGUGUGGAGAAUCUUAGAGACUUUUUUGCUCAGUUUGGAGAAAUUGAAGAUGGGCCAUCAGGUUUUGAUAAGAGUACUAGGAAGUUUAGGGGUUUUGCCUUUAUUGUUUAUAAGAGUUUAGAGGGGAUUAGGAAGGCAUUAGAAGAGCCUGUUAAGGUUUUUGAAGGUUUAAAGUUGCAGUGCUCACUAUCUACUAAGAAUAGCAGUGGUGGUGGUGGUAAUGCUAAUGUUGCGGAGGCGUCGAGUGCUGGUUCUGGUAACAAUGCAGGAGUUGUGCAGGGAAAUUUGGGAAUUCAGGGUUUAUUGAACCAGGGAAUGGUGGGGCAGAGUGUGAAUCCAACAGGUGCAGUUUUCUUGGGGCAGAAUCCUGCUUUGGGGGUUUUGAAUCCGGUGCUGGGUCUAGGUGUUGGUGCAGGUGGGAUGCUGAAUCAGACAGGGUUGAGUCCAUUGUUUCCUGGUGGGGUUUCGCAGCCUUUGAACAGAGUUGGGAAUGUUGGUCCUUCUAUUGGAUUGGGUGCAGGAUUUACCACACAGCAUGGGAUUAAUACUAUAAGCAACAGUAUGAUUGGUAGUUAUAAUUCUCAGGCUGCUUUGCAGGGAUUGGGUGCUUAUCAGAGUUCUCAAUUGAGUCAGCCUUCUGCAUCAGCAGCAAGGUCUCAGGCUGGCAUUGGAUCUGUGCCGAGUUAUUUUGGGCGCUAGCCUCGCUGGACACAGAUGCAGGUAGCACCAUGAGAGAAUUUGAGGAGCUGAAUAAGACGUUCAAGAGCUGAGCCAUAGCAUCACCAUGGAUAGUGGAGUUAAGAAGGGAGGUAGAGUGAAGAUAGGCACCGCUGCCUUUGUGCUCCUAGCAAUUUGUUUAUCAAACAAGUAAUGGCUAUUGAACACAGAUUAACAGUAUCAACACAAAGCACUUUGUCUUGAAAGCCCUAACAUGAGCACUUUGAUAUUUUUAUUCCUUUUCAAGUACCCUGUUUGAGAUUCAUCUUAUAAAUAAGUUAUUAUUUGAUCC